AUGUCGCAAGCUGAAUCCCCAAGUGUGGAAGAAAAUCAAGUUUCAGAAAACAAUCUACCAGAAAUCAACAAAAUCUCAGUUAAAAUUCCACCUUUUUGGUCAGAGAAACCGGAACGUUGGUUUUAUCAAAUAGAUGCUCAAUUUAGAAUUAAUGGUAUCAGAAAGGACUCACUGAAAUUCGACUAUUUAAUAUCCCAGCUGGAACCUUCCUUAAUAGACAAUAUUUGGGAUAUAGCAACCGGUUCAGAUGAUAAUAAAUAUCAGCUUGCCAAAGAAAGAUUGACGAGCAUAUUCGCAGAAAGUGAAGAAAAACGAAUAAAGAGAUUAUUAACAGGGCAAAACCUUGGUGAUCUGAAACCAAGUCAACUGUUAAGGAAAUUGAAAACUCUAGCAGGUACUGAUAUAUCAGAAAGAGUAAUAAAAACCUUGUGGUUGGAAAAUCUACCAAUCAAUAUAAAAAAUGUAGUGAUCACAAGUGAAGAAGGUGUUAAUCGUCUUGCAAUCAUGGCUGAUAAAAUUUAUGAGUUAAACCCACCAAAUGAAUUGUAUGGUAUUAAAGGUUCAGGUUCCAAUGCAACUAAAAGUACUUCCAAUGAACUUGAAGAGUUGAGAACAGAAGUAGCGGAACUUACUAAAGCUAUCAAACAGUUCAGUAUAAGUUAUGAAAAAAGACCUACUAGGCGAAGUCUAACCCCUGGGAGAGGCCGAGAUAGAUCGAAAUCAAGACAAAAAUUCAAUCCAGAAGGAAAAUACUGUUAUUUUCACUACAGAUAUGCUAAAAAAUGCCGCCCUGAAAAAUGUACUGGUCCUUGUGCUUGGGAAAAAGCCGGAAAAACUCCAGUCAGUAGUGGAAAGUGCAGCAACAUCUACUACUGA